AUGUUACGUUUAUUCAUUGCCAUCGUUUGUGUGGCCCUAGCUUUGGGAGCGCCAAACAGGCACUGCCAGGACGUUCUUGCUAAAGCCGGCCUCACCACAAAAUACAACGAGACCAUCGCCCAUGCCGUCCAUUCUAUGACUGUGGACGCGCUGAAACUCUUCAAUCCUCGGGCUACAGCUAACAACAAAGUCCCCACCGUGAACCAGGAUCUUAACCAGAGCCAGAAGGUUCUACCAUACGCCCCGGAAACCCAGACCGGAAGUGGCUUCUCCACCAUGACUAUGAACAUAAUUGAUGGAAUUCUGUCGAAUAUCGGUCACUCAAAUGACGGACUGGGUCCGAACUGGUCACCCAUUGAACGUGUCGCACACGUGUUCCACAUGUGGGAUUUGUGGCACAAGAUAUACACGACAGCCUGGCAAGACAUUCAGACUGACGUACCUUCCCAGGCCACUUGCGACUGCGUCCUGGACGUAGACAAUAACGGAGUCAAGGCCGCUGUCCAGUGGGUGGCUGACCAUUACGUGAGUGGAACACCCAUCACCCUACUGAAUCGUCCUAUUCCCAAACUAACCGAUGCCCAGUCAUGGGGCGUUUGGAAGGAUCGCCUGUUACAUUACUAUACUCCCGCCGCUCUGAAGGACGCUGCUAUCUACAUCUACUGUGAAACCCAGCACAUGUAA